AUGUGUGGCAUUUGUUGUUCUGUAUGCUUUUCUGUUGAGCAUUUCAGCCAAGAUUGGAAAGAGGAUUUGCUGUAUAAUCUUAAACGACGGGGACCCGAUAGUAGUAAACAGUUGUUAAAGUCUAAUAUUAACUACCAGUGUUUAUUUUCUGGUCAUGUCCUUCACUUAAGAGGUGUGUUGACUGCCCAGCCUGUGGAAGAUGAAAGAGGCAACGUGUUGCUGUGGAAUGGAGAAGUGUUUAGUGGAAUAAAGGUUGAAGCUGAGGAAAACGAUACUCAAAUAAUGUUUGAUUAUCUUACCUCUUGUAAGAAUGAAUCUGAUAUUUUGUCACUCUUCUCAGAAGUCCAAGGUCCUUGGUCUUUUAUAUAUUAUCAAGCAUCUAGUCAUUGUUUAUGGUUUGGUAGGGAUUUUUUUGGUCGCCGUAGCUUGCUUUGGCAUUUUAGUAAUUUGGGCAAGAAUUUCUGCCUCUCUUCAGUUGGUGCCCAAACAUCUGGAGUGGCCAAUCAGUGGCAAGAAGUUCCAGCAUCUGGAAUUUUCAGAAUUGAUCUCAAGUCUACUGCCAUUUCCAAAUCUGUGGUUUUAAAAGUGUAUCCUUGGAAAUAUUUUUCUAGAGAGAAUGUUACCAAAGAAUGUGUUGAUAGCCUGACUCAAAUUGCAGCAAACUUGCCAACAUUCGUGUCAGUGGUAGCAAAUGAAGCCAAACUCUAUCUUAAAGAACCUGUCGUUCCUUUAAACAUGAUGUUGCCACAAGCUCCGUUUGAGAUUCAUUGCAGUAACAUUUCCAGCAUCCCACCUACAAGAGAGACACUUCAGGUCUUUCUUACCGAUGGACACACGAAGGAAGUAGUUCAGCAGUUCAUUAAUGUCCUGAGUAUGGCAGUCAAGAGACGUGUGUUGUGUUUACCUAGAGAUGGAAACCUGACACCAAGUGAGGUUUCAAAAACUUGUGAUAGAAAAGCAAAUGUGGCCAUCCUGUUUUCUGGGGGUAUUGAUUCCAUGGUUAUUGCAACCCUUGCUGACCGUCAUAUUCCUUUAGAUGAACCAAUUGAUCUUCUCAAUGUGGCUUUCAUGACUAAAGAAAAGCCCACACUAAAUAGUUUUAACAAGAAAAGUGGAAAGAAGAAAAAUCACUGUGAAGUACCUUCUGAAGAAUCCUCUAAAAGUGUUGCUGCUGCUGCUGAUAGUCCUGAUAGACAAUUCAGUGUACCGGAUCGAAUCACAGGAAGAGCGGGACUAAAGGAACUGCAAGCUGCUAACCCUUCCCGGAUUUGGAAUUUUGUUGAAAUUAACGUUUCUCUGGAAGAACUGCAAAAACUCAGAACAACUCAAAUAUGCCACUUAGUUCAGCCCUUGGAUACGGUGUUGGAUGAUAGUAUUGGCUGUGCAGUCUGGUUCGCUUCUAGAGGAGUUGGUUGGUUAGUGACCCAGGAUGAAGUGAAAUCAUAUCAGAGCAAUGCAAAGGUAGUUCUUACUGGAAUUGGUGCAGAUGAGCAACUUGCAGGUUAUUCUCGUCAUCGCGUUCGCUUUCAGGCACAUGGGCUGGAAGGAUUGAAUAAGGAAAUCGAGAUGGAACUGGGUCGAAUUUCUUCUAGAAAUCUUGGUCGUGAUGACAGAGUUAUUGGUGAUCAUGGAAAAGAGGCAAGAUUUCCUUUCCUGGAUGAAAAUGUUGUCUCCUUUCUAAAUUCCCUACCAGUUUGGGAAAAGGCAAACUUGACUUUACCCCGUGGAAUUGGUGAGAAAUUAAUUUUGCGUCUUGCAGCAGUAGAACUUGGUUUAACAGCCUCUGCUCUUCUGCCAAAACGGGCCAUGCAGUUUGGAUCCAGAAUUGCAAAAAUGGAAAAGAAUAAUGAAAAGGCAUCUGAUAAAUGUGAACGGCUCCAAGUUAUUUCCUUAGAAAACCUUUCUAUUGAAAAGGAGAUUAAAAUGUAAUAUUUCACAAUGUAACAAUAUGUACUGAAUGGUGAUUAUAUAAAAAUAAAACACUCUGCUGCUU